UCCCUGUAUUUCACACUGCGCUACCACUGUUGAAGGAGAAUGGCCCGGACUAAGCAGACAGCGCGUAAAUCGACCGGAGGGAAAGCUCCUCGCAAACAGCUGGCGACCAAAGCGGCGCGGAAGAGCGCUCCAGCCACGGGCGGAGUGAAGAAGCCUCAUCGCUACAGGCCCGGCACCGUGGCUCUGAGGGAGAUCCGGCGCUACCAGAAAUCCACCGAGUUGCUCAUCCGCAAACUGCCCUUCCAGCGCCUGGUGCGGGAGAUCGCUCAGGACUUCAAGACAGAUCUGCGCUUCCAGAGCUCGGCCGUCAUGGCCUUGCAGGAGGCCAGCGAGGCUUACCUGGUGGGGCUCUUUGAGGACACCAACCUGUGCGCAAUCCACGCCAAGCGAGUCACCAUCAUGCCCAAAGACAUCCAGCUGGCCCGCCGCAUCCGCGGGGAGCGCGCCUAAACUCCACCUCUCCACCAACAACAAACGGCUCUUUUAAGAGCCACUAAUCCGG